AUGAAUCGUGUGUUUUUAAUUGUGUUUAUUUCAUUGGUGUUAGAUCUUCUGGCUUUCACUGUCAUAUUACCUCUACUGCCCUCCAUUUUGGAUUACUAUGGUAACAACGACAAGCAAGGUCUAUAUACCUAUAUUAAAACAUCAGUUAGUAAUUUCCGUGAAUUUGUUGGAGCACCAGACACGCCACGAUGGAACUCAGUUUUAUUUGGGGGAUUAAUAGGCUCAUUGUUUUCAAUAUUAAAUUUUUUAAGUGCUCCAGUGAUAGGGGCAGCUAGUGAUAAGUAUGGUAGAAAACCUCUCAUGUUAAUUUGUAUGGUUGGUGUAGCAGUAUCCUAUGGUUUAUGGGCAUUAUCUAGUAACUUUACGUUGUUUGUUAUUGCCCGUAUUGUUGGUGGUAUCAGUAAAGGCAAUGUUAGUUUAAGUACAGCUAUAGUAGCUGAUGUUUCUACACCAGAAAAAAGAGGAAAAGGAAUGGCAUGGAUUGGAGUAGCAUUCUCUGUAGGGUUUGUAUUUGGUCCUACUAUUGGUGCUCUAUUUAGUGUAUAUGGCAAGUCUAUGGGAGAAGUGUUUUAUUUAUUACCAGCCCUGUUUGCUCUGGUUCUAGCUAUUAGUGAUAUUUUGUUUGUUUAUUUGUUUUUAGAAGAAACUUUACCGAAGAAUAAAAGGGUAAGUAUAUGUAAUUCAAGUAUAAAGAAUUCUACUGAUUUAAUCAAUCCUGUCAAAUUAUUAAAGUUUUCUUCAGUUCACAAUGUUUCCAGAACAGAUUUAUCCAGUUUACAGCAGAUAGGAAGUUUAUAUUUUAUUUAUAUGUUUUUAUAUUCUGGUUUAGAGUUUACUCUUCCGUUUCUCAUGCACAAUAGAUUUCAAUAUGACAGUAUACAACAAGGAAAGAUGUUUUUCUUUAUGGGUGUUAUAAUGGCCUUAGUUCAGGGGGGUUAUGUUAGAAGAGUUAAACAUGACAGACAACAUAAAGUAGCAACUCAUGGAAUGAUAAUAUUAAUUCCUGCAUUUAUCAUCAUGGCAUUUGCUUCUUCUACAACAUUAAUGUAUAUAGGACUAUUUUUAUUUUCUUUUGCAUCAGGAACAGUAGUACCAUGUCUAACAACAAUGAUAUCAGUCCAUGGUGGACCUGAACAGAAAGGCAUUAUAAUGGGUACCUUUAGAUCUCUAGGAGCAUUGGCUAGAGCUGUAGGACCAAUAUUAGCUUCUAUAGUAUAUUGGAGUCUUGGCGCUAAAGUUUGCUAUGUUAGUGGUGGAAUAUGUUUGAUUUUACCCAUAAUUCAGUUGAUGAGAGUUCAGAAAAGAAUUAACAACGAAUAA